CGCAUGCACCCACCUCGUGGUGCGCCGGCCUGCAGCAACUCGGCUUCUCUCGACGCUCUUCCGUCCCGCCUCUCGGUAGACCGCUGGUCAGGCACGGCUGUGUACGAAGCCCACCUCGGCAAGCACUUGAGGCGCAAAGGAGCGCCACGCUUGGCCCGCCUCCUGCUCGGGCCCCGAGACACGCUUUGCAGGCGCAGCAUCCGCUCGGCCAUCCACCACACCACCACCACGCCUGCACUCGCUCGCCAUGGCCGCCUCCAGCGCACUGGCACAGCACAUGCUGGCGCGCAUCGUCGCCGACAUCGACACGCUGGCCGCGUCGGGCACCUUGCCGUCUGCUACCGCCGCCAGCAUCCAGGCCCAGCUGGCGCCCUACCUCGGCGUCUCCGCCACGCCCGCCUACCCGUCCUCGCCAGCGCCAGCGCCCGCCGUGCAACCGCCCGUGGCGGUAGAGCAGCAGCGCUUCCGCGCCAUCUGGGCCUACGCCGCCGCCGCGUCCGACGAGCUCUCCUUUGCCGCCGACGACGUGCUGCUCGUGCCCGCCGCGGGCGCACAGAAGGGCGACGAGUGGUGGCUCGGCGCGCUGGAACGUGCGCCGCAUGUGCAGGGACUCUUUCCCUCUACAUACGUGGAGCCCCUGCGUCCGUCUGUCCCUCGCAAGCCCUCCAACUCCACACGCACGCUCCCACCAGCGUAUGUUCCACCGCCAAUCUCGCCCGUCACGCCGCCAGUCGCCGAGCCAAAGUCGCCCGAGCGCAAGCUGGGCCCGCCAAAGUGGCGCCCUGGCGUCGCGCAGUUCUCUUCCAACGGCGCGGAGAAGCCGCCGCCGCCGCCGUCCAGUGCCGCUGCUGCGGGUCCGAGCGCGCCGGAUGGCAAGCCAAUGACGCCUGAAGAGGCGGCGGCGGCUGCGAAGAAAGACAAGCUCGACAAGUUCGGCAAAAAGAUGGGCAUGAGCGUGGCGCACGGCUUUGCCGGCGGCGUCGGAUUUGGUCUUGCACGCAACAUCUUCUGAGACCGCCGCUGCUCUCGCAAGCGCACUUCCUCGGCCCGCCAUCUGUAGUGCAGCACGGCCUUGCUCUUCUCUCGGCCUGGUCCUGGGCGGCCCUCUCUUUCUGCGCAUGUCCCUCAUUUCUUCUUCGACUUCUUCCCCUGUUUACGACACGGUCACCUCUUCACGCCUUCACGUCCCAGCCACGCUCUCAAUGCAAAUCAUGACAGCGGCAUGUUGAC